GCCAAGUUACCUCAAAUUACUACUGCCGACAUCGAGUCCUUCACAGUGUCGCUCUCGAAAACGCUCAUCAAAGGUGACAAAUUCAAUUAUUUCUGCUUUCAUCAGACAAAUCUAGCUGACUGCUUCGAUAUUACACCCGAUUGCCGAUCUCAUCUUAACCUGUGCACCCAUUCAAAGUACAAGCAAAUGAUGAAGGAUUCGUGCGCUAAAUCUUGCAAUCUUUGCACGCCAGUUUGCAAAGACAGGCACAAAAAUUGUCAACAGUUCGUCGAAGAUGGUUUCUGCCAGGACGAGCUGUACUCGAAUGAGGAGCGGAAACACCUUUGCGGUUCAUCUUGCAAUCUCUGCUGA